CACCAACACCGCAGCAAGACACGGAAUACCCCCUCUUCUGUCUCAUCUCCUCUUCUCAGGAUAUUAGUAUUGGAUACUGGGUCACUUUGUCGCCAAGAAACCGCACUGGUGAAAAAAUGUGGUUGCCACUCCGCUGAAGUUCAGGAAUCUCCAAAGCAUUCGAUCUUACCGUUUGGUUGUUCCAUAUUUAAAAAAAAAGAUAUAAAUAUUAUCUUUACAUCUCAACUAAAGACAACAAGCAGAGCUCAAACAUGAUCAACCCUGCAUUAUUCCAUGGGAACCCCGUCGCACGGAGGUUGGACGGGAGUGGCGGUCCGUGUCCGCACAGCCCCGGAUCUGAGGCAAGCACCACAGGCUUUGGCGUUGUGGUGUCCGGCAGCAGUGGAUCCGCUCUGCAUCACACCAACAAGAGGCGUCUGGAGGGGGUCCUAAAUAAAUACACCAACCUACUACAGGGCUGGCAGAACAGGUAUUUUGUGUUGGAUCCAGACCUGGGACAGCUGCAGUACUUUGUGAAUGAACACAGUAAGACCCAGAAGCCCCGCGGGUCCCUGCCCUUGAUAGGGGCCCUGGUGGCCCCCAGCGAAGAGUUACCCCACAUGUUCACCAUACAUUCUGCCACCGGAGAGGCCUACAAACUCAGAGCGUCAGACGCCGGGGAACAGCACCUCUGGAUGAGUCAGCUACAGCUUUGUGCCCGGCGCCACUCGGAGUCCAGUGCCAAGGGCACAUCCUUCACCGCCUCCUCCUCAGCCCAGGGCCGGACUCGCAGCUUCUCCCUGCUCCCUCCUCAAGCCUGUCACCACCCUGCCCCGCCUGCCAUCGCCUCCUCCUUUACCUCCUCCGCCUCCUCCUCGUCUGGCAUCCAGAGAAAGCCUGUCUACCCUGGGGUUGGAGGGACUGGUGUGUUGCCCGCUGCCCCCAUCAUCACCAUCACCCAUCACAGAUCCCCAGUGCCAGUCCGACGGGCUCGGAACCAGAACCACCAUCGCCAGAACCACUUCCACCAGAACCACCACCCUGAUCCAGGGAGGCUGAACCAGGUCAAAGAGGUAAUGAGCCAAGCUGAGGGCCAGCAGAAGAGCCUGGUGAACUCCAUAGAGUCCCUGCCGUCCCGUGGACCCCUGUCCUCCCUGGACCAGGACCUGCUCCUCCUCAAGGCCACGUCUGCAGCCACCCUGUCCUGCCUGGGAGAGUGUCUGAACAUCCUCCAGCACAACGUUAGCCAGGCCGCUCAGCAUGUCUCUUUGGGUCGUUCGGACAGUCAGGACCGGACCCAGAACCCGAGUCCCAUCCACAAGCAGACGUCCAGCCAGAGUAAUAGCAACAUCUCCAGUCACACUCACAACCAGAACCAGAACCAGUUCAAGAAGCAAAUGAGCCUGGACCCCAACCAUGUUUCCAUCGGGACAUCAGACAGCUUCGCUGGGUGGACGAGGCUUCCCUCCGAGAAGCAGGUGAAGAAUGGAGGAGUGACAUCAUCACCUCAUGCUCCGCCCCCAGACCACAUUAACAAGGACGUGACAAUCAGCUCUGAGACCCAGAGCAAGCCAGCGCCAGGUGCAUGUCUUCCCAGCAACCCUCCCCAGGAGCAGCCCAGUCCAGAGUGGAUUGACGCAGGGGAGGAGACCACCGACACAGAGGACAAUGAGGAGGAGGACCUGGGAGUCAGAGAGGAUCAGAGGAGCAUCAUUCUCCACCUGCUGUCACAGCUCAAACUGGGCAUGGACCUCACCCGGGUUGUGCUCCCUACGUUCAUUCUGGAGAAACGCUCCCUCCUGGAAAUGUACGCCAACUUCAUGGCCCACCCAGAUAUGUUCCUGGCCAUCACCGCGGGAACGACCCCAGAGGAGCGCAUCGUCCGAUUUGUGGAGUACUACUUGACCGCCUUUCACGAGGGCCGCAGGGGCGCCGUGGCCAAGAAGCCCUACAACCCCAUUCUAGGGGAGAGUUUCCGGUGCUCAUGGGAGGUCCCUCGAGAGAGAGUCCGCCCGCUUAGGAAUAUGAGCUCCGCCCCUAACUCUAACGCCACACCCGCUUCAAACCCUAACCCCGCCCAUUCUUCCAGAGACUCCGCCCGUGCCAGGGUUGGAACUGGGGGGCGGACGGAGGACUGUUACCGGGUGAGGUUCGUGGCAGAGCAGGUUUCCCAUCACCCCCCUGUGACAGGGUUCUACUGCGAAUGCAAGGAGAGACAAGUGUGCGCCAACACACACAUCUGGACACGUAGCAAGUUCAUGGGCAUGUCCAUCGGGGUGUCUAUGGUCGGGGAAGGUGUACUUCACCUGCUGGAGCACGAUGAGGACUACGUGUUCACACUACCAUGUGCCUACGCCCGCUCCAUCCUCACUGUACCCUGGGUGGAGCUGGGAGGGAAAGUGUCCAUCAGCUGUGCCAAGAGUGGUUACUCCGCCACCAUCACCUUCCACACGAAACCCUUCUACGGGGGGAAAAUACACAGAGUGACAGCGGAGGUGAAGCACAACCAGACAGGCACCAUCGUGUGUAAGGCCCAAGGGGAGUGGAACGGCAUCCUGGAGUUCACCUACAGCAGCGGGGAGACCAAGGUGAUCGACACCUCCAAGCUUCCUGUCUUCAGGAAGAAGAUACGGCCCGUGGAAAAGCAAGGGCCCAACGAGUCACGGCAUUUGUGGCAGCACGUCACCUCAGCUCUGAGGUCAGGAAACAUUGACUCGGCCACGGAGCACAAGCAUCACUUGGAGGAGCGCCAGAGAGCAGAAGGCCGACAAAGAGCGGCCUCCAACACGCCCUGGAAACCCAAGUACUUCAUCAAGGAGGGAGAGGGCUGGGUGUACCACAACCCCCUGUGGAAGGCCCACUGACGAGGGGAGGGGCCUCGUGGGGGUGGGGCCACAUGCCAGCUGCCAGUCAGAACACAGCGGCCUGCUGGUGGCCAUGGCAUCACACAGAGAGAGGACUGGCCCGUCAGCCUCAGGAGGAGAGUCGAGGAGGACAAAGGGUUUGUGUCCCAAAUAGCAUCCUAUACCCUAAUGAGUGCUCAUCGUUUAAAAGGGUUCACUAGGUCAUAAGUAGGGUUUCAGAUUUCAGAUUCACCCAAAGGACUGUGUUGGAUGAGGAGCCUGUUUCUCAGUCACUGAAUAAACACGGAAGGUGCCAAAGACUAUCAGAGGGACUUUUAUUAAAGUGGGAUGUGCGGCUCACUGAGUGUUAUAACAGAAGACGAUCCAGGAAACCAGGUGGCCAUUUUGGAGCCGGACCGGGUCGAACCAGGAAGACCCGUGGGGAGGGACAGAUCACGAGCAACACAUCACUGGCGGUCAAAGAUAGAAGAACGGUUACCAAGCGUUUUUUAUGUAGCGUAGAUUCCCAGUACAGGUAGAAUAGACAUUCACAGACUAUUACCUUUCUCACUGUUUCUUUUGUCGUUAAGGCAGCGCUGUACAAUGUCGUCAUAUGCCACGGGAUGGGCUUGCAUUUCUGCUGGGCCGAAUGACGGGAGAUAGGUGUGUGAUUUGCCAAGGACCUGAACAUGGUGUGUCCGAACUCGAACAGGACAUCUCUCAGCCCCUCUGCCGGGUGGCCGGUGUUCAGCGGUGUGAGGAAGAGCCAUUGAAACGAAAAGACCGUGACAGUAUAAUUUCCCAUUAUUUAAUUUUUCCCACAUACACCACAGCGAACUAUUCAACAUUUUCAUUUCAUAGUUGUUUUUAAUCGUCUUUAUCAGUGAGUGUUGUGUUUUGUAAUUGACUCGGGCAUUGUGUAGAAUGUACUCACGGUACAGGGAGGAACCGCUGUCUUCCGACAUGUGGCGUGAUUUAAAGCAGACACACAUUGCUUGGGGCGGGGUCCUUUCAAAGCCACUUUCCCGCCGGCCCUUUCAGUGUUGUGGCGGUUAAUAAACCGCGGCGUACAGCAGUCGACUGCCCCAGCCGAUCAGCCCUUUUUAUGUCCUACCCUUGAAGAGAUCUUGGGGACAGCUCCACAACAUAGUUCUGUUGUACGUUCUUUUUGUACGUUCAAAUUUAGAAAUGAAGUUAUGUUUUUGUCAUUUGCUGUGACCAUUGACAGUGUACUGUAGUCUUGUCUACCAGCCGUCUCCUCGCGGGACUGAGCUGGGAGAUAAGGGUAGCGUUUAUCUAACCAAACAAUUUAUUUUUUUUAUUACGUGUUGUGGUGGUGCUAACAACAUGUCUCCAACCUAACUGUACAGGAGAGCUUCAUCCCCUAGGACAACUCCACCAAUGGUCGAGCAACCAACAAGUUGGUAGAACUGAACCAUGUAUCACCGGUCAAAGUCACUAGUGGUUUUGUGGUGACACGGGUCACCCUGAAUGAGUGGCAUUUUGUCUUGCCUUACUUCGACCAUCAGCCACCCUCUGUUAGACAGUUGGUCGACCGCAGACACUGAAUCCUUGAAACAACCCUCACCUAACCCUCACCUAACCCUUACCUAACCCUUACCUAACCCUUACCUAACCCUCACCUAACCCUAUGUGGCAUUUACACUUUGUAGACGUGAAGAUGGAGAAAGAAGCGAUUUAAAGUUUUACAUUUCCUGCAGUACCCGUUGUCUAAACUGUGCUUGACUUGGACGGGAACUCACCGGAGACAAGCACCGAAUGUUCGAAAGGCUUGAGCUCCUGUUUCCCUUAUAUUUAUAUUUAAUCAUUUAGCAGACGCUCUUCUCUAGAGAUUUCUAGAAUAUCAGAUUAAAAGUAAUGUGGAGCUCCUGCACCCAAAUAGAUACGGCACCUAAAUAGAAACGGGCACCUGUUCCUGUCCAGGUCAAGCACCAGUCAAGUCAAGCGCUAACCAUGAGUAUGUAACAUGGGAGCGUGAGAAUCAAUUAGCCCUUUUCACAAACCAAACUGCUGGCCGGGAUCAUUUUCUUUCGCGGUCUGUUUCAGCAAGGGAAUGUGGAACCAGGCCAGCCCAGUGCAGCUCGUUCGGCUUGGCCCAGUGGUGCAUAAAGCUCCUAAAUCCUUCGUCCUGACCUGUCGUCAGUAGAAGACCAAUAAUGUUUUUAAGUGUGAAUGUUGUUGUGUGUGUGUUACGCGCACCAAUGCAGUGUGCAUCACCAGUCACUGAGCUUUGACCAAACACCGUUUGUGUACAUCCUAUUUACUUCUGGAGCCGUGCUCUACUAAGGGAAUGAGGCGCUGUCGGGAUGUCCACCUGUGUAGAACCUAUGCAACACUUGAUGUAGAAAGUAGUCUUAAGACAUCUGGACAGCCAGAGGCUGGGGUUUCCAAAUAUAUACAAUGUAUUUGUUUAAAUAAAGAUUUCAUGAUGA